UCACAUUUGGAUGUCUUUUUCAUCGCUGGACUAACAAUGGAUUUUGCUUGAGCAGGUUGAUGCUUGUGGACGCUUAGUAAAAGAGAUAAGUAACACCAUACAUCUACUAUCCUGGCUAGUUUUCACAUUUCCUUCUGAAACUUUCUUCUUUUUUUUUUUUUUCCUUUGUAACUGUUUACUCUCUUCAACAUCUUUUGUAUAUCUAUGCUUCAGGGUUUAGUGUGAAAGAAGCCGCAAAUUCUUCUGAUCAAACUAUUAUAAUUUCCUAACUAGCAAUCAAUCGGCUCAGACGAUAAAAGGGUGUAGAGUUUUCUCUUGAAAUUAGAAGGACAUGGGAAGAGUGAAGCUCCAGAUCAGGAGGAUUGAAAAUACAACUACCAGGCAGGUCACUUUCUCAAAAAGGAGAAACGGUCUUAUCAAGAAGGCUUAUGAACUGUCUGUUCUCUGUGAUGUUGAUGUAGCUCUCAUCAUGUUCUCCCCAUCUGGACGAGUCAGCCUCUUUUCUGGAAACAAAAGCAUUGAGGAAAUUUUAAUACGGUAUGUCAAUCUUCCAGAGCAUGAGCGAGGAAGACUGCAUAAUCAAGAGUUUCUACAAAGUGCUCUUUGUAAGUUGAGGGAUGAGGCAAAUCAAAUCUAUCAAGAAGCCAGGUUUUUAAUUGUUCUUGAUUUCUUAUUUUUACCUACCCAGCACCUUUUUCUCCAGUUGGAUAUUGCACUUGCCUACUUUCCUGCUUAUGAAAUUAGAUAUCAAUAUAAUUUCAAGUUCCGUUCAUUUACGAAAUUUUCUUUUCUAAUUAACGAGACCCUCAAUCUUCUUUUUUGUUACUUUAUGCAAAAUACCCCAAUGACGGUUGAUUCUAACAUCGAGGAAAUUCAACUAGAAAUUCUUAAGUGUAGGUCUCAGAUACAGAGCAUGGAGAAACGACUAAGGAUGUUUGAAAGUGAUCCGUCUGAAAUAACAACCUCGAAUGAAAUAGAGUACCAAGCUCAAAUCCUUGAGGAAACUUUAAAACAAGUCCGCCUGCGCAAGCGGCAACUUUUGGAAGAGAAGCUUUCUCCGAACACACCAUCAGCUUCACAUGCACAUCUUCCUCCAGAAACGCAAGAUUUGAAUGGUGUAGUUGCGGAAAGUCCAAAUAACAUUUUACAGUGGCUUCCAGAAAGAGACCCACAAGUUGAGAUCCUAAAUGUUUUGGAUUCAAACGGCCUUCUUCCAGUGAGUGAUCAACCUGAAAUCUUGCCGCGGCCUUCAAAUCCCUUUCAUGUGGAAAACGUCAACACUUAUGAGCAGAUAAGGCCAGGAGGUGGGUCGCAGGAGGACAGUAAUCCGCAACGUCCUGAGAUUGGACAAGGGAAUGCUUUGAACUUGUCCGCAUGGACUAAAUUUUAUCCCUCAGGUAUUUGAAGGAAUUAUGUGAGACUCAUGAUCGGUGAUCCCAGUAUAGAUUAUAUGCAGGACAGGGGGGAUUGUACUGUACAGAUAGCCAGUGGAACUGGAAUUAAUGUUUUUAUAUUUGUUUGGAUGAGAAAAUUUCAAACGAAAAAUCAAUAUAACAAUUGACAUCA